AUGAGUUUGCGAGGCACUGGCUUUCUCCUCCAGUGCUACCUGAUGUUGGCAGCAGCCAUGUAUUUUGAUCUCGGAGAGCAGGAGGAAAAAUGUAUCAUUGAGGAGAUUCCUGUUGACACGCUGGUUACUGGUUAUUUCUUGUUGGAGCCCUGGGAUUUGAAGACACUCACUCACUCCCCUCACCUCGGUGUGACUGUGACAGUCAAAGAUCCAGACUAUGAGGUUCAGAUGUCCAAACGAUAUGGUAAAUUCGGUAAAUUCACCUUUACAGCUCACGCCUCUGGUCAGCACUACCUUUGCUUCCAAACCAACUCCACAAGGUUUGCUGUGUUUGCCGGAGAGAAGCUGAAGCUACAUUUGGAUGUUCAGAUGGGAGAGCACUCGACUGACCCCAGCACUGAAAACACCAAAGACAACUUGGAGAUUCUGGAGAGCAACCUCAAGCACCUCAUAGAUCAGAUGAUGCACAUCGCCAGACAGCAGGAGUACCAGAGGGAGAAAGAGGAGGUGUUUCGGCAGAUCAGUGAGGACACCAACAGUAAAGUGCUAUGGUGGGCCGUGGUGCAGACUUCUCUUCUGCUGUCCGUUGGUUUCUGGCAGAUGAAACGACUCAAAGACUUCUUCAUCGCCAAGAAGCUGGUCUGAUGAUGACCUGU